AUGUCUUCACGUCUCGGUUCAACAUUUGCAGCAGUGAUUGGUUUUGGAAUGGUUGAUAAUAGUUACGAACAAGAUGGACGUCAUUACCGAGAUACAUCAGAUUCCGUAUCUGAUAUAUCAUCAAUAGCUUCUUCGCCCACAACUUCACCCACAAAUUCACCUACUUCGCACCCAAAUUUACAACGUAGAGCAUCAGAAUCUAUCUCCGAACCUAAUCAAAUUCAAUUCAGAAAAAUGCCUGUUCGAAGAUAUACUUUACCUUCCAAAAUGAAUCCUUUUAGUUUGAUUGUUGGAAAUAAUAAUGAUGCUUCAACAAGUAUCACUGGUCGUUUAUCUAAUACUAAAAUUUGGGAAAGCAACCGAGAGGAUUCUUCGGUUCAAGAACACGUCCAAUUUGGCUUGUAA